GGGAAGCUGUACGACAGUUUUGGAAUUGGUGCUCAUACCGUAGACGCAGUAUCACUAUCCCUUCAAGAUGCUGUGAACAAUGUUUCAUCAGUGAACGAAUAUAUUAAAAGCACAGUUGCUACAGUUAAACAGCACUACAACAUGAAAGAAGCAGCAGCAACAAAUGGUCCCCAAGGAACUGUGUCAAAGAAAACUCAAGUCUCGUUAGAACUCCUUGAACAAGGUAUGGCACGACUGCAAAAUAACUUGAAGAACAUAAAUGAGGAUUAUGACCUCCGUACAUUACUGACCACUAUAGUUGAAAACCUUCAUGCAGUCUCCCACUUCAAAAACGAGACUUUUACAGCUUUACAGUAUGCUCGAGACUUUGGAACAAUUGCAAAAGAAUCAUUAAAAAGAACAACAAAAUGGAGUGCCAAAUACUUUACACAUGACAAAUCGUUUUAUCCAGUUCCAACAUCUAGUAUGGAGUUGGCAGAUGUUGAAGUGAUGAAGUCUCCAACAGCUGCAAGGAUAGAUCCUCUAAUUGAAGUAGCGAUGAAGGAGUUAGUGGAUAAAUUUCGUCCCGUGAGGCAGAGAACAGUGCGCAGUGAAACCACAAAAGACAAAGCCGGAGCUCUCCCACCAGCAGUGUAUUACACUCAACCUCCUCAUACCAAAGUAAUGUUCCACAACGACCCAACUGUUGAAGGAGAAGUAAUGGAACAAAUUACUCCGCAUAUCAUAGAUGACGAUGGGGACUCGCACGCACCCAGUAUCACGUUUGUGGACGAUAGCACUAUUGAAAUAGUUGCUGUUGUUGAAGUGCCAGAUCAAGAGGAUGAAUACGACACCGACUCAGGCACCGAUGUGGAUGAUGACGAUCACGACUCCUACCCCCACACAACAACACUCACCAGGUCCGGGCGCGCCAUUCACGCUCAUUUUCGCCUUGACUUGUAG